AUCCGGAAAUUAACAAUCUCGUGAUGUCAGGGAGUGUUAGCAUAGCAUAGGAAUGUCAGGAGAGAUUUUCAGUAUUCCGACUCAUAAAAUAACCAAAGAACAACGUAAAAGUCAGAGUUAUCUUUCGUGUUCGUCGGUCAUAAUGGACUUACCUUUGUUGGGACGUGUUAUUUGACCCAUCUCUUCUCGGACAGGAGCGGGAUGAGGGAUCCAUAACGGGGAUGCUGCAGCCGCUGUGCUAACCCGCAGUCCCAGCUCAGAUUUCCCGGCCACACACGCAGAAGCAUAGGGGCAAAUAACUUCAACUACUCCGUGUAACACAGAGGCGAUGGCACUGUUUGUGUUGGAGCAGAAAUCAGAUUUCCUGGACUACACCGGUGGAGGUAAUCUGACUGAAGUUUUAACACAGAGGAGCAGCGACCUGUCAGAUGUACGAGUCAGUCCAGAGGGUCGCCACAUUCACGUUGUCCUGCGCAAACCUACCGCGGGGCUUGUGACUUUUGACAAAUAUGAAAGACCCCAGCUUGCCUUAUCCCAGAAGAACCAGGAUUUAUGCUUAACCCGGACUGUACCCAUUGUGGACGUAUUGUACUUGACGCAAAACAACACAGGCACCGCAGUUGUCGCAGUGAUUUAUGAGAAUGGAAAAGCGGAGUUUUGGAGAUUUCAGGAGGCAAAACAGGGGUGGCAUUUACUGCAAACGUCAGAUUUGUGUAACAGCCCGCGGGCUAAAGUGGUGUCGGUGUGUUCAUGCGCUAACUCGAUUAUUUGGUGCGAGGAGAGGCCCCCAUCUGAGAGCUCUCCUGUCCUGAGCUCCUCCAGGAAUAAACUAAGGUACUGUGUUUGUAGGCGGGACUUUGAGGUGGAGGAGGGCGGGGUACUUUUGAGAGGAGUCAAGAUUGCACUGCAUAAUAAUCCUAAAUUCACUGUUAUUAGUUCAGGGGAAUAUGUUUAUCUUCUGCCUAACUUAAAAACCAAGCCACUGGUCAUCAUCAACAAAGUCAUCCUCUGCUGGUCUCCUCGCCGGGACACUUUCAGGUUAAGCACCACUUGUAAAACGACCCCAAUCAAAGAAGACACUUUAUCAACCAAAGAAUCUGACUUUAAAAGAUUGCUUACAGACUGUUUAGGUUUCCUAUCAAUACUGGAUUCUCCUGAGAUCCGUUGCUACUCAUCUUCAGGUUGUGGAGGAUUGAUACUUCUGCUAAGCUCAGGGUGGGCAUGUUUUCUGCAAAAAGAUGGUAUACUCCGUCAAGUUUAUAAACUGGACAAUAACUUGCAAGCAUUUGAUUCCCACAUCAGCCUCUGUAUGUACCAGGAUGUUCUAGCUUUACUAACAGAUCAAUCACUUCAUCUUAUAGACAUAAAUUGUGGUACUGAACGUGUGAAAAUAAAAGUAAAAAAUGCAGGGUUGCUAUUUAGAAAUCAGAAUGAGAAAUGUACGCCACAGUUUGUCUCAGAGGAUGGAAUCUUUUUAGUGACAGAAACAAAGGAGGUAAAUUCAAAGUUAAAGUCUUGCGGAUCAAAUAAAGUGGAGAACAUUCAACCUGGAGCGCUCCUAAUUGAGGCCGUAUUUGAAGAGGCAUGUAAAUAUUAUCAGCAGAGGAGUCUAAGCAGCACUAGGCUCACAGUGGACGCACUGAAAAAAGGAGGCAGGUUCCAGGCUCCUAUCUCCUUAGCCACUAUCCUCAGAACCUACCUCAGCACAGGAUGGAGACACAUGGGGGGGCAAAAUGGCAUCCAAAAUGGGGAUGACGCUGUAGCGGGACAGGAUAAAUUGAUGAGUUCUCUCGAGACGGAGUUGAAAGCUCUGGUUGCUCUGGAAGAGGUCAAAGGUUGCCUGGUGAAGGGAAAUGUCAAAGAGGUGGAGGCGCUGUGUGAGAAUCUGGUGGAGAAAGAGGUGUCCAGACUUCUGUCGUCUACUGAGAUCGAUAAAGAUUCUCUGCUUUACCUCAAUACUAUUUUUAAACUCUUCCCUUGUGAGGCUUGGAGGGCAGUUCAGGUCACGCUUCAGUUUCACUACAAUGGCGAGGGUUUGUCCAGCAGCUCGCCUCAUGAAAUCUGGAAAACUGUGUUAAGUCCAGCUCCUAGCUCCCCAGUUAGUCAGCACUGCACCAAUGGGGAGUACAAGAAUAACCUGAAUACUAACCAUAUCACAAAUUUGAAAUUGAAAGCACUAGAUGUGCCUGCUGUCAUGCCCGUGUUCGAACUGCUGUGCCACUCAGUGUAUCGAUUUGAACCUGGCUGGCUGCCUUCAUUCCUAGAGUUGUCCCAGCAGCAGCAGGGGUCAGCCGGCCUGGCUCUGAGCCUGGCAUCUUCAUCAUGGGGGUUUCCUAGCGGGAGGGGAGCCGAAAGCAGUGAUAAAAAUGUGCCAUUGUACAAACGGGCCUUGUCUGUGGUCGCAAGUCUAAGCUCAGAUCACGAGCAGAACCAGGACUUGGAAGUAGAGUUGUUACUGGUGAGUGGGCGCCCUAAUGCCAUUCUUCAAGCACUGAGGAUUCUAAUGGGCAGACAGCAGUGGGACAGGGUUACCCAAGUAGCCAAGAAAUUCUGCAAACAAAGUCCACUUCUAAACAAGGAAAUCUUCACUACAUUACUCUGUGAAGUGGCACAACACAGAGAACUGGAUCCUUAUCUGGAGCUACUGUGGUCACUUUGCCCUGAAGACAUCACUGUUACUAACAUACUCAACAUGGUUCUAAAAAAUCUGCCCUCUCCAAAAGCAAAUUCAUCCUCUUCUUUCCCCCUGUCCACUAUAGCCGCCUCUUCCCCGGCCCCAUUUGCAGACUCCCAGAGCAGUCAGCUGACCAUCGGGCUGCUCAAACCUCUGCUCCGAAAAGUUCUCGAGAGAGAAACAAAACGUAAUCAAGGCUAUGUGGACAUCCUCCAGUCACCAUCGUACCCCCCUCCUACACCCCCCCGGCUGCCCGUGGAGCGCCCUAGGAUGGGUACAGACGAAAGCACAGAGUCAGAGCAGAGCAUCACCUCUGCUGGGCUCUCAGAAGCACAGGAGCAGCCAGCCUCUCUCUCCAGCGUGCACAAAGCUCAGAUCAUCAAUUUAACUGCCAAUCUGACUUAAUUAGUCACACCAGUAUCUGUCAAACCGUCUUCUAUAGGCAGAAGCACAAUAUGAGAGACUUUAUAAUGCUGUGUAAUUGUUUUAUUUAAUUUGAAAAUGGUCCAUUGAAGAAUGACUACUAAUGCAGUAUGACUACUGAUCUUAGCAGUGUAAAUAAUACCUAAGUAUAUUUUAAACUUGUAUUUGCCAUGUUAUUUAAGCCUUAAUGCCUGCAUGAGCUGUAUAUAACAAACUAGUGAAUUAAUGAGUAUUACAAAUACAUAAUGUAUAGUGUUAGUGUUAUAGUGCCUCAGUGACUACCAAAACAAGCCAACAUCCCAAUAAUGGGAAUUUAAUUUAAAACUGUUAAAUGUACAGUGUUUAAGUUAGUCAGUGCCUAAUUGCUGUUGCCUAUCACCUAUUCUUGCCAUUGGUUAGUGUCUAGCUAGAUACAGUACACAUACUAACAAGCUAUGUAUGCAAUACUAUGUAGAAAAUACAUAUUCUGCAGUGUUGUGACACAGCUGGUUCUUGGUUCUUAUUUUGAAGUUGACAUAUCACAAACGCUCAAGCAGUAACUAAGCAGCUAAUGCAUCUUAACCUAAUCUAUCUUGAAUAGCUUUGCUUGUGUGCUUCCUUUGCCCUGACUGUCUCCAGACCCUGUCCCUUCACAGUGUAGUGGGACAUUCCAGACCAAUGCCCAGGAAAAGUGACUCACAGUUUCACUUCAAAUUAAAUUUCAGAGCUAAUUGUGUUAAGGCUGUAGAGGGCGAAGUGCGUAAUACCAGAACAGGCCUCCUACAUCAGGUCCUGAAUUAUGAUAUAACUCUUUGACAAUAUGCUUAAAUAGUUUUAACAUAACAGUAGCAUUCAACCCAUCAGUAUUGUCUGUACCACUGUAGCGUUUUAUGUUCUUAAGUUCUUCUUAGAAUUAUUAUAUUAUUAUAUCAUUUGUUUUUCUCUGUUAUUUUAAUUGCUGCUUUGCUGAAGCUGUUGAAUCAAUUGAAAUAUUUUUUGAAGUAUUACUUUAUAAAGACUUUUGGAUGUAAGUGGUGGUUUAAAAUAAACUAUGGAUUUGCUGAAAGUGUUUUAGGACAAUCUGAAUAUACCAUUGCCUACCAGUGCCUUUCUUCAUUAACAGCGUAGUGCUGCAUUACUUCCUAACAGCAGUAUCCAACAUUUAGAAAAAAAAAAAAAAAAUCAACACUUUUUACUUUUACUUUUUCUUCAUUUGUUUUUGUUAUGUUAGUGUAAGUUGUACUGGAUGACACUGCAUAUUUUAGAGUUUGGUCAAACAAGUCAUGGUUCCCCAAUAGAGGACUGUAAAAAAUGUUGCAGACUUGAUUGCUUUUCAUUUCAAGGGUUCCCCAUGUGCAUCAUCAAAUUGUGUAUCUGUUGUAAUGGUGAAUGCUGUAAUUAAACAACAAUACUGCGC